AUGGCCGACCUGCGCGACGUCGUCACGGACAGCCCUGUCGCACAGCAGGCUCUGGGAGCCAUGGGUAUCCCUGUGCUUCUAUCCGUUCUGCGAGAGGACAGAGAAGACGUGUACCUGAUCCGGGGAGCGCUAGAGGUGCUGGUGGCAGGGUUGGCAGCAGGAGGGGGAGGGGGCGUGGCGGAGCAGAGGGAGUGGGGCCAGCAGCAGCAGCAGCAGCGGGUGGCGCCAGGCGUGAUCAAUUCGGAGCUCUUUGCGCGUGAGCCGCACAGCAUUGCGCUGCUGCUGGCGCUGCUGGAGGAGGAGGAUUUCUAUAUUCGCUACCACACGGUACAGCUGCUCACCAUCCUCCUCUCCAACUGCCCUCACAGACUUCAGGAGGCCAUAUUGGUGAUCCCACAGGGCGUGGGGCGGCUCAUGGAUAUGAUGGCACUCAAUGAGAGGGAGGUGAUUCGCAACGAGGCGCUCGUUCUCAUGAUCAACCUCACACGCUCCGCUGAGGAGAUUCAAAAGAUAGUGGUAUUCGAGGGCGCCUUUGAGCGAGCGUUGAACAUAAUUCGAGACGAGGGAGGGGCGGAUGGGGGCAUCGUGGUACAGGACUGCAUAGAGCUCAUCAACAACCUCCUCCGAUCCAACGUAUCAAAUCAAAUCUUCCUCCGGGAAACCCUCGGCCUGUCCCGCAUCCCAGCUCUGCUCCUCUCCCUCCGAAAAUACGCCACCGCUGCUGCUGCUGCCGGCAGCAACAGCACCAGCACCACCAGCAGCAGCAACGAGACCACCAACAGCAGCGGCGGCGGUGGCGCCGGUGGCAGUGGCGGCGGCAGCAAUUUGGAAAGGACCGAGCCUCUGACUCGGCAAAAGGCGGCGAAUCUCCUCUGUGGGCUCGAAACAGUCGCUCUGCUGCUCGCCCGAAACCCCCACGCGGCCACCCUGAAAGACGACACGAACCUGAUCGCGAACCAGACCCUGCUGGGCCAUGCAAAGCUGAUGGAUUCUCUGUUAGCUCUAGCUUUCGACCCACUAGUAAACUCUACUGCGAUUCGCACGCAGGCGCUUAAGGCGUUGGGAGGGCUGGUGCUGGGGCAUGCUGCGAAUCGGGAGGAGCUAGGUAGUAAGCUGAUUAGCAGGUCUGAUCCGACUACUUACCUGUAUCGGGAUGCUGGGUGGGGGUUGAAGAGAGGGAGGAGGGGAGGGGGAGGAGGAGGGGAGGGUGGAUGGGGAGAGGAGGAGGAAGGGGAGGAGGAGGAGGAGGGGUUGUUGAGAGGGGUGGGGGAGGAGAUGGAGCCGGCGCUGCACUGUGUGCUGCGGGUGGCACUGAGAGCGAGUACCAUGAGAGAGAGCUCUGCUGCCGACUAUGUUAUUCGGUGCUUCUGUGAGGGCAACAGCGAGGGGCAGACCAUGCUAGCAUCCACCAUCACACCGCUGCCGCAAGGAGUCACAGGGAAAGGCAAGAGAGGAGGAGGAGGAGCAAUGGGGCCUGAUGCGGCUGAUGAUGCGGCAAACCUGACGUUUGGAGGCAUCCUGGUGCGAGCAUUGAUAGCGGGGCAGAGCGAGCAAGCCUUAGAAGCGAGCUGCCGCGCGGCGAGUGUGUUGUCGCACCUUCUCACAGGCAACUCAGCCGCAAAAGAGCGAGUGCUGCGCAUCCCCCUGCAGAUCCCUACCUCCGCACUCGCCCCUCCCGAACUCCUCAUGCCGCGCAUCAUGCGUUAUCUCGCUGCCGCCGCCGCCCCUCCCUCUCCUCCCCUUCCCACUUCCUCGCACCCGCACCAGCACCAUUCGUCGUCUUCUCACUCCCUCUACUCCUCGUUCGCUUCGUCGUUUUCCUCCUUCUCCUCCUCCCCCUCCUCUUCCUCCUCCUCCUCCUCCCCGUCGGCCGUCUGGCUGCAACCCGUGCUGCUCCGCCUGCUGCUGACGUGGCUCUCCGACUGCCCGCCAGCUGUCGCCGCGUUCCUCGCGCCGCCCGGCCACCUGCCGUUCCUCGUGGGCCUCGUCAGCGCCGCCAGCUCAGCAGCAGCCGCCGCCGCGUUGCCAGGUGGCGGCGCUGGAGAGGACGGGGAGGAUCACGGGGGAUCAGGCGCGGGAGGGUACGGGGAUGGGUAUUCCGAUGGGUAUGACGCAGCGGGUGACAGGAAACGAAGCGGAGGAGGCGGAGGAGAGGGGAACGGGAGAGGGGCAGACGAGGCAGCAUCAGGAGCAACAGCAGCAGGAGCAGGAGGAGCGGGAGGUGUGGCGGUGCAUGUGGGAGGCCUAGCCUCUCUCGUCCUAGGCGCAUGCGUGGUAUUCAACGACAACACAGGCCCCACAGACGCAGCAACAGUAGUGGAUAUAAUCACCCAGCGCAUCGGCCUUGCUGCUUUCUUCGCCCGUAUAGAGGACUUGAAGCGAGACCCGUAUUUCCUUGCAGGAGGAGCGGGGCCGCGGGCGCCGAAGCCCCUCACGAGAAGCACGGCUGCUGCGGAGGCAGCUGCUGGGGGAGGGGGAGGGGGAGCGGGGGGCGAUGGGGGAGCAGGGGGAGCGGGAGGGGCAGGGGGAGGUAGAUCUGGGGGAGGUGGUGGCAGCAGUAGCGGAAACAAACACAGUGAGAUCUCAGAGGAAGGCGGUCUUGGCUUCAGUAGCUCUGCUUCUGCCUCUGCUGGGAUUGUGGCAGCAGCAAGCCGCGUGCCGGCUGUUUCUAGUGCGUCUAGUCUGGAUCUCGAGCCGCCCAUUGCCUCGUUCUACGACCGCGAGUUUGUGCGGUCGGUGCUGGUGCUGGAAGAGGCAGUGCGGUUGAGAGUGCACCUGCGCAGUCGCAACGUGGCCCUUGCGAAAGACGCCAUGCAACUCGCCCCACAAUCUCCCUCCUCUGGUGCCGGCGCCAGCGACCAAUCACAGGCCGCCACGUCAGCGGACGGCGCGAGCGGCGCUGGCUCGGCGCCGACCCACGCUGAGCUGGAAGCCGCCCGGCGCCAGCUGGCGGAGGCGGAAGCGAGCGUGGCGACGCUGAGAGGGGAGCAGGAGACUCUUAUGCGCGAAUUGAUGCAGGUGCGACAAGUGGCAGCAGGGAAAGAGGCAGACCUGCAGGCUCUCUCAAUGGCGUACCAUAGUCUAGAGCAGGAAAAUCUCAGACUAGAAGGGGAGGUCAAAUCCCUCCAAUCCACCACAGAAAGCCUCCGAGCCAGCCUGGCUUCGGCCGAAGCUGCUGCCGCAGCUGCAGGUUCGGGAGGUGCUGCAGGGACAGGAGCAGGUUCGGGGGUGCCCGAAGCUGAGGUGGAGGAGCGGGUGGAGGCGGCUCGGCAGGAGGCUCGGGAGGAGGCGCAGCGGGAGAGUGAGACGGAGUUGAAUGACUUGCUGGUGUGUUUGGGGCAGGAGGAGAAGAAGGUGGAGGUGUUGAGAGGGAGGCUGGUUGAACUUGGGGAGGAUGUGGAUGUGGAAGGAGAGGAUGGGGGCGGGGGGGAGGAGGAGGAGGAGGAGGAGGAGGAGGAGGAGGAGGAGGAGGAGGAGGAGGAGGAGGAGGAGGAGGAGGAGGAGGAGGAGGAGGAGGAGGAGGAGGAGGGGCUGGUUGAACUUGGGGAGGAUGUGGAUGGUUUGAUUGAUGGGCUGGUGGAAGGAGAGGAGGGGGGCGGGGGGGAGGAGGAGGAGGAGGAGGAGGAGGAGGAGGAGGAGGAGGAGGAGGAGGAGGAGGAGGAGGAGGAGGAGGAGGAGGAGGGGUAA